CACGUAAUAAGGGUUCAAAAUGGCGGAGUUUUCUAUCUCCUUUUUAAAGGCACUCAGAAAGCUGCGCAGUGCGAUCAUUCUCCGUAUAGUAAAAGAAAAUCAAAGUAUGUGGACUAAACCGAACGAUAAAAGGGUCGUUUGGAGUUAAAAGUGUUAAAGGAGUUAAAGGAACUUGGCAGACCGAACGCAAUGAGUAGUUAAAGUAUGUGGGGCCACGUGCUCAUAACACAGUCCAUAAAAAAAGAAAGAAGAACGUCCUAACCUAACAUUUUUGUUUGUUAUUUGUUAUUAUUUGUUAACUUUUUAUUUUUCUAUGAUUGUUAAUAGGACAUGCAUGGGCUAGGGGUAUUUUAAACUUUUUAAAGCACUUUUAGGAUGACAGAGGCUGGAGUUUUAAACAUUUUGCUAAAAAAUGAAGAAACCAAGGGUUAUCAUUUUGAUUAUCCCAAACAGCAAUCUGAAACUGUAAAGGUAGUUGCAAGAAAUUUAACUGACAUUAUCUAUGAGUCUUACAAACGAAAAUCAUGUGCAAGUACUUCUAAAAGAUAUCAAGUAUUGAAAUUCAUUAAUACUGUAUGUAAAAUACCAGAUCAACAUGAAUAUGAAGACUACAUGAAAUGUGGUGUAAAGCAAGUGAAAGAUUAUUUUCCAAAUAUUGAAAAUGAAGCAGUUACAAUUCUAGCUAAAGAAAUAGCUCUUGAUUUGAGAAAGUAUGAUAAUAUUCAAGAAAAAUUUUCAAGGCAUUAUUCAAUGAAACAUGCUAGAGAAAAAGAGAAACAGAAACAAAUUGACUUCAUAAAUGAAAAAAAGCAGGAGAAGCUUAACAAAAAGUAUCAGUUGGUUGCUAAACGAAAAUAUACUUUUGAACCAAAUGAAAAUCUAAUAAACAAAAUAUUAGGAAUCGAUCAUUUAGGUACUUCCCUUGAUUCAAACAUUAUUAAAAAAGAAAUUAAAAGUGUUGAAGAUAGAGAUACACAAAUCAAGUUUGCUUAUGCAAUGCUUAACACUGGCCAAAUUGAUAUAUUGACAAGGAUUUUUGAUAGAAUAUCAAAAUAUAAAGUGUUGAUUAAAACGGAAAGGAAUUUUCUUCAAUACAUCUGGUCGACACAAAAUGACAAUAUAUUGAAUCUCGGAGAACACAUUGAUAUUUUCUACUUUUUGCUAGAAGAAACCUUACUAAAACAUGCCAUGAAACUGUUAGAAGCAGAAGAUAAUCAGGAAGUAUGUAAAUAUUUUAUGAACUUAGAAAAUGACUGUGAUAUUAUAAAAAUUAGAAAAAUUUGUAAAAACGAUUAUAAUUGUUAUUUGAAACUUAAAACUUUACUGUUUGAACUAUAUUGUAUAAGUUAUUGUAAUGAAAAUGUAAUGAAGCUUAGCGAUGUAAUUAUUAUAUAA